AUGAAGGAUAAACCUGCUAGGUUUGGGCUGAAAGAGUUUACUCUAGCGGACUCUACCAAUGGUUGUGUCUUGGACAUUAUAGUUUACACUGGAAAAGAGAAUGCCGUAGACUCUAAAAGCUUAGCGGAACGUGUUGUCCUAAGGUUGCUUGAACCAUACUAUGGAUUGGGCUACAACAUUUUUAUGGACAAUCAUACAUCCGUUGGACUAUUUGAGAAAUUAUACAACAAUGGAGUCCAAGCUUGUGGAACAUGUAGAGGUGGCAGAAUUGGCUUGCCAAGAGAUGUCACAAAAGCAAAUUCAGAUAAAGUUAAAAAGUUGAAACGUGGAGAGGCUAUUCAUAGGCAAAAAGGGACUGUAACAUGUGUUACAUGGAAAGACAGGAAGCCAGUAACUCUUAUAACAACACUGCCAGCAUCAGUAGACACAGUUUCUGUUGAAAGAGCAAUUAGGGAGGCAAAUGUGUGGCAAAGAAAGGAGUUUCGGUGUCCUGUACCCAUAAAGGAAUACAACUCGCUCAUGGGCGGGGUCGAUUUGGCUGACCAGAGAACCACAGCAUAUGCCAGAUUGAUGAAAGCAUGGACUUGGUACCUGAAACUGUUUUAUCAUCUACUAGAGGAAACAGUUAUGGUGGCUUCAGAAAGAGUUGUUGUUGUUGUUGUGUAG